CUUCUCUCUACCAUCAAAGUUCUCUCUAAUGGGGACGAGUACUCCCUCAUUUUAGCUUUCGAAAACUUAUCUGAAUCUGCCUUCGAAUCAGAGCCUUCAAAUUUGAAAACGCUGCGGUUUAUCAAGAUCUAGAUUUCGGAAUGGAAGAAGAGAAAGGAGAGCUUGUGCAGAGUUUGAUCGAUGCGGUGAACCAAAUAGCUCCUAUCGGAGAUUACAGAUGCGCCGAGAGGGAGUUUUGCAAUCUCGCUAGGAGACUGAAGCUGCUGACACCAAUGUUCGAGGAGAUUAGAGAGAGCAAAGAGCAAAUCCCAGAAGAAAUUGUUAAAGCGUUGGUCUCGUUGAAAAAAGCUUUGAUUUCGGCUAAGGAGUGUCUCAGACUCGGCAGAGAAGGCAGCAAGAUUUACCUGGUUUUAGAGAGAUCGGAUUUUGCAUAAAUUUCAUGAAGUGACAGCUCGGGUUGAGCAAGCUUUGAGUGGAAUUCCCUAUGAGAAUCUUGACAUAUCAGAUGAAGUUAAGGAACAGGUAUAGCUCAUUCGGUAGAAACAUUCUUCAAAGAAUUCCACUGUAGAUUCUUCAUCUUGCUUUGUCAUACUUGAAUUCCAG